AUGAGACCCGAUAAGCCCCGCGAUCCUGUUGCUGGCCCUGAUGCCGGCCCUGACGCCCCGUUCCCCAUUCGACUGUCCGGGCCUGUGAUCAAAGGCUUUGGCCGAGGUAGCAAAGAUCUUGGAAUCCCAACCGCCAACAUCCCCGCCGACGACUUAUCCAAGACACACCCAGAACUGACAACAGGCGUCUACUACGGAGUCGUAGCACUUGACCCCAAGGACUUUGCACACGAACAUGGAUUAACUGGAGAUACGGAGAAAGCCAGAGAGGCUAUUGUGCAGCCGGCAGUUCUGAGCAUUGGGUACAAUCCUUACUAUAAGAAUACCGUGCGGUCGGUGGAAAUUCAUAUCUUACCCUCUCUCACCGAGCCAUCUCCAACAGCCGUUCCGCAGCCCAAAUUCAACCGUCUCCCCGAUUUCUACAAUACGCACCUCAACCUGCUCAUUUUGGGAUAUAUCCGGCCAGAAUUCGAUUACGUCUCGGUGGAUGCACUGAUCGAGGAUAUUCGUAUCGACUGCGAAGUUGCGCGACAGAGUCUUAUGCGGGAUGCGUACAAGCGGUACCUCGUUGAUGACGGGCACGCGUCGGAGAAGGCUGCCGAAGAUCGGAAGUGGUUAUCAAGCUUCCCCUUGAAAAGCAGCAUAUAGAUGCCGGAUUAUUUGAUAGAACUUAUGAAAUAGAUGUGCCUAUGUUAAGGA